AUGCCCGGUAGGCGCCCCGCCGCCCGCAGCCCGCCCCCCCCGCUUGGGAGCAUCCCGCCAGCACUUGGCCGCGGAGGCACCGUCAGCCCUUGGAAUUAAAAUACUCACCACGCUGGGCAGCCGAGGGAAAGGGGGAGCAGGUACCCAUUACACCAUUUUAUUGGUGAAGGCUAUUCAGCAGUGGUGACAUCUUCCAAUAGACCACUCUGCAGAUUUUCAUCUCUGGACUCCCAGCUGACACCCUGCCGGAGGCUAGAGCUACUGAGACAACUGGAAUUGUGCCUGCUUUGGUCAAGGUUUUUUAUUUCAUCGAGGAGAAAAAAAAAAAAAAAAGAUGAAGUUGGGCAAAGUGGAGUUUUGCCAUUUUCUUCAGAUACUAGCUCUUUUCCUGUGUCUUUCUGGGAUGAAUCAAGCAGAGAUUACAAGGUCCAGGUCAAAGCCCUAUUUUCAAUCAGGGAGGACGAGAACCAAACGCAGCUGGGUGUGGAAUCAAUUCUUUGUGCUGGAAGAAUACAUGGGUACAGACCCACUCUAUGUAGGAAAGCUUCACUCUGAUGUUGAUAAAGGAGAUGGUUCCAUCAAAUACAUCUUGUCAGGCGAAGGGGCAAGUUCCAUUUUCAUUAUUGAUGAGAACACGGGGGAUAUUCAUGCUACAAAGAGGCUGGACCGAGAGGAGCAGGCCUACUACACGCUCCGAGCACAAGCACUAGAUAGGCUGACUAAUAAACCCGUGGAGCCAGAGUCUGAGUUCGUCAUUAAGAUUCAGGACAUCAAUGACAAUGAGCCAAAAUUUCUGGAUGGUCCCUACACUGCUGGAGUUCCCGAGAUGUCUCCUGUGGGUACUUCUGUGGUUCAAGUGACAGCUACUGAUGCAGAUGAUCCUACUUAUGGCAACAGUGCUCGAGUGGUUUACAGCAUAUUGCAAGGACAGCCUUACUUCUCUGUGGAGCCCAAAACAGGUGUUAUCAAGACUGCCCUUCCGAAUAUGGACAGAGAAGCCAAGGACCAGUACCUGUUAGUUAUCCAAGCAAAGGACAUGGUUGGGCAGAAUGGGGGGUUGUCAGGGACUACAUCUGUGACUGUCACCCUGACUGAUGUUAAUGACAACCCGCCCCGCUUUCCACGCAGAUCAUAUCAAUAUAAUGUCCCAGAGUCUUUGCCAGUGGCUUCUGUGGUGGCCAGAAUAAAAGCUGCAGAUGCAGAUAUUGGACCUAAUGCUGAAAUGGAGUACAAGAUUGUGGAUGGUGAUGGUUUGGGAGUAUUCAAAGUUUCUGUUGACAAAGACACCCAGGAGGGAAUCAUAACUAUUCAGAAGGAGCUGGAUUUUGAAGCUAAGACAAGCUAUACCUUGAGGAUAGAAGCAGCCAAUAUGCAUGUUGACCCUCGUUUCCUGAGUCUGGGGCCCUUCAGUGAUAUGACCACAGUGAAGAUAAUUGUGGAGGACGUCGAUGAGCCGCCCGUGUUUACCUCACGUCUGUACUCCAUGGUGGUGUCCGAAGCAGCAAAGGUUGGCACUAUCAUUGGAACUGUAGCAGCCCAUGAUCCUGAUGCAUCAAAUAGUCCUGUCAGGUAUUCGAUAGAUCGAAACACAGAUCUGGAGAGGUAUUUCAAUAUUGAUGCUAACAGUGGAGUCAUUACAACUGCCAAAUCCUUGGACAGGGAAACCAAUGCUGUUCAUAACAUCACGGUUUUGGCCAUGGAAAGUCAGAAUCCAGCACAAAUUGGGAGAGGCUAUGUAGCCAUCACAAUCCUUGACAUCAAUGACAAUGCCCCUGAGUUUGCCAUGGAGUAUGAGACAACUGUCUGUGAAAAUGCUCAGCCUGGCCAGGUGAUCCAAAAAAUUAGUGCAAUUGAUAAGGAUGACCCACCAAAUGGCCAUCAGUUCUACUUCAGUUUAACAGCAGAGGCAGCAAAUAACCACAAUUUUACAUUGCAGGACAACAAAGAUAAUACUGCGACAGUAUUAACCAAAAGAAAUGGGUUUCGAAGACAGGAGCAGUCUGUUUUCUACCUGCCAAUAUUCAUAGUGGACAGUGGAUCACCUUCACUUAGUAGCACUAAUACUCUCACCAUCAGGGUCUGUGAUUGUGAUGCAGAUGGUAUUGCUCAGACAUGCAAUGCAGAAGCAUACAUCUUGCCUGCAGGACUAAGCACUGGAGCCCUGAUAGCAAUAUUGGCUUGUGUCUUGACACUGCUAGUUCUUGUCUUGCUGAUUGUCACCAUGAGGCGACGGAAAAAAGAACCUCUCAUUUUUGAUGAAGAGAGAGAUAUCAGAGAAAACAUUGUCAGGUACGAUGAUGAGGGUGGUGGAGAAGAAGACACAGAGGCUUUUGACAUGGCUGCCUUGAGGAACCUCAACAUCAUGCGAGACACCAAGACCAGAAGGGACGUGACGCCUGAGAUUCAGUUCUUGAGCAGACCGACUUUUAAAAGUAUCCCAGAUAAUGUUAUUUUUAGGGAAUUUAUCUGGGAAAGACUAAAGGAAGCUGACGUGGACCCCUGCGCGCCGCCCUACGACUCCCUGCAGACGUAUGCAUUUGAGGGGAACGGCUCGGUGGCGGAGUCGCUCAGUUCUUUAGAUUCCAUCAGCUCAAACUCUGACCAGAACUACGAUUACCUCAGUGACUGGGGCCCUCGUUUUAAAAGGCUUGCAGAUAUGUAUGGGACUGGACCAGAAUGCUUAUACUCCUAGCCUUGGAACCUUUCUCUGAAAAUGCACUGAAGAAUACUAAAACAGAAAACUCAACCUGACAGACUGAAGAAAGUUGUAAAUAUUUUCCCAUUUUUAAAAUUUUAGGUUGUUGGCUUUUUUUUUUCUUGUUUUUGCCUUGGUGGAACAUAUCUUCAUUAGACUUGUCCUAGGGACUGCA